AUGAGCAAUAAAUUCAACGUUCAAAAAUUCGAUAACAAGGACGGUGAAUUCAAGAGGAAAGACAGUUCUUUUAGGGACGUCAUUUCAAAAGGGGGAAAGUUUUGUCCUGAGAAGGGAAGAUACCACUUGUACGUAUCUCUUGCUUGUCCCUGGGCUCACAGAACUUUGAUUGUUCGCGCUCUAAAGGGCUUGACGGGUAUCAUCGGUCUCUCUGUGGUUCAUUGGCAUAUGGACAGCAAAGGUUGGAGGUUUGCCACUUCCCCGGACGAGUAUCCAGGAGCUACCGUGGAGCCUAUUUAUGGAUUUAAGAGAUUAAGCGAACUCUACUUCAAGGCGGAUCCUCAUUACGAGGGAAGAUACACUGUUCCAAUUUUAUGGGAUACGAAAUUGAAUACAAUUGUAAAUAACGAGUCUUCAGAAAUAAUCCGGAUAUUCAACACUGCUUUCAACGAGUUUCUUGACCCCGAGCAUGCCAAAUUGAACUUUUAUCCUGAAUCAUUGCAGAAGCAGAUCGAUGAAUUGAACUCGUGGAUCUACGACAACAUUAACAAUGGGGUUUACAAAGCUGGUUUUGCCACCAAACAGGAGCCUUACGAGAAGGAGGUAAAGAAUGUGUUCGCCCACUUGGAUAAAGUGGAAGCCAUUUUGAAGGCCAAUCAAGAUAAGGGAGAACAGUUUUUGAUUGGUAAUCAAUUAACAGAGGCAGAUAUCCGUUUGUACACGACUAUAGUGAGAUUCGAUGUUGUUUAUGUUCAGCAUUUCAAAUGUAACAUCGGUAUGAUUCGUUGGAAUUAUCCAUCUUUACAGAAAUGGCUCAGAAAUCUCUACUGGAACAAUGACGCUUUCAAGAGUACCACCAACUUUGAUCACAUCAAGCUUCAUUACACCAAGUCGCAUCCGCAAAUAAAUCCUUAUGGAAUCACACCAGUGGGACCAUUGCCCAACAUUAUGCCGUUGGAUGACUGA